AUGUCUAAUACUAUCACUCCGAGCACUACUACUAUUACUGUGGAAACGACUGGAACAUUUUCGAUGCAAGUCUACAAGGAUGACGAAGGAGCGAAGAUUGUUGUUCUUAUAGAUAAAGAAAAGUCAGACGUCUACGUCAAUUGUACCGAAGACGGGUCGACCCUGACGGAGCGCGACAAUUGGGCCACCUAA